CCUGCCCAGACCAGCAAUGCGGGUGACACAUGGCGAUGUGAGGGUACAAAUCAAUGUGAACCGUUGCUCCAACGUCCCGCUCCAAUGCCAGCCCCCCGAGACCUCGUCACCCCCCUCACGGAGCUUGCCACCCCUUUCACGGAGCUUCUCACCCCCCUCACGGAGCACAGCCAAUGCCAGCUACAAAUGGAAAAUCGACGACAAACCCGUGAAAGUGGACAAAUGGGACGGGUCAGCAGUGAAGAAUUCGCUGGAUGACUCUGCCAAAAAGGUCCUUUUGGAAAAGUAUAAAUACGUAGAGAACUUCUGCUUGAUUGACGGGCGCCUUAUCAUCUGCACCAUCUCCUGCCUCUUCGCCAUCGUGGCUUUAAUAUGGGAUUACCUUCACCCCUUUCCGGAAUCGAAGCCGGUGCUUGCCGUCUGCGUGGUGUCGUAUUUCGUCAUGAUGGGAAUUCUGACCAUCUACACCUCAUACAAGGAGAAGAGCAUCUUCCUGGUAGCACACAGGAAAGACCCCACAGGGAUGGACCCCGAUGACAUCUGGCAGCUUUCCUCCAGUCUGAAAAGGUUUGACGACAAAUACAGCCUGAAGAUGACAUUCAUCAGCGGCCGAAGCAAGCAGCAGAGAGAGGCGGAAUUCACCCGAUCCAUCGCCAAAUUCUUUGACGGCAAUGGGACCUUAGUAAUGGAGACCUUUGAACCGGAGGUCUCCAAGCUUCACGACAGCCUCAUGACGGAAAAGAAGCUGAAAUAGGCUGCCGGCCAUCUUCCCGCUUAGAUCAUGCUGAGCUUUAAAAGUCAAUAAAGCAAUCAAAGCCAGAACGUACGGCAACCUUGGUUUUGUCCUGAAACCCUCCCUCCUUUCUCUCCCUCCCUCCCUCCCUCCGUCCAUCCCUCUUUUGGGCAAAAGAGGAUUUUAAUGCAGGACCUGCGAAGCAGACUUUAGAGUCUAGAUUUUGGGUUGGUUUUGCUUCCCUUUAGACCACGGAUGUCCAGUCUUGACCACUUAUAAGACUGGUGGACUUCAACUCCCAGAAUUCCCCAGCCACAGGGAAUUCUGGAAGUUGGAAGUCCCCCAGAGUCUUAAAAGUUUCCAAAGUCGACAUCCCUGCUUUAAGAUCAACAUCCUUGGGUGCCAUCUGAGCUUGGCGAUAUUCUUGCAUUUUCUUUCAUUUACCAAAUGAAGUAACUUCACCUGUGUGCAGCAUCCCCAACGCACUGAUGUCGUUCCCUAGUUGGGUCGUGAAACGUCUGCAAGAAAAUCGCCAAGUUCCAGAGAGCACCAAGGACCCCCACAGUGCAACCCUGAGCUACAAACAUUUUAAGGCUUUGGGAACCUCGAUUCGCAAAGCAAUUUUGGAAUGGGAAAAGUUGAGCCUAUUUUAUUUUUAUUUUUAUUUUGUUAAAUUUUAUUUUAUUUUUAAAUUCUGCGGGCAUUGUCAAACAAAGGCUGAAUCGGGAUUUGAUUUCGGCAGGGAAUGACUGUUUAGUUAAUUGUGAUUGUGUUUUUCAAUUAUGUCUGUCGUUUAACCGAUUUGUCAAGGUCCACUUUUCUUUUUUCUUUUGAUUUAUUUUGGCGGAUUUGAUUUUGGAGGUCUGAAGAUACUGGUGCUCCUCGACUUACGACCGCAAUUGAGCCCAAAAUUUCUUGUUGCUAAGUGAGACAUUUGUUAAGUGAGCUCUGUCCCAUGUUACAAUCUUUCUUGCACCCGUUGUUAAGUGAAUUGUUGCAACUGUUAACCUCAAACGGUCAGUAAAUGAACUGUUGUAAGUCGAGGACUGCCUGCAAAAGGAAAAAAAGUGAUGAUUUAAAACAUAUUUUCCAUCUGCUGUGUCCCUUUUUUGGUGCAUUUUAUCCAUGCAGUUAAAAAAAAAAAAGAGGUGGAAAACUCUCUUUUGUUCCUUGCAUAAACUGCCGUUUUCUAAAAAUAGUGGGGGUUUUUUCCCAAUAAAAGACAAAAACUUAA